CAAAUUAUUAGAUAGAGUGAUAGAAAGGUUUUGUUUCUUCUUCUUCUUCCCCUUUCUGUUAAAAGCAGAGAGAAUAGAGAAGAAGGUGAGUUGAAGAAGAAGAAUAAAAAUCAAAUGGCUUCACCAACAUCAAGGAUCGCGUUCCGUAUUGUGAUGGUGUCACUAUUGCUUCUCGUUCUCUUCUACAUUGGUCGCCCUCUCUAUUGGAAAAUCUCCGCCACCGUCCACGAUAUCCGCAACAACAAGCAAACCGUCAGACAAGGUCUCUCCCAGAUCGUUUUGGAAGCUCAGAAAUCGGUGGGUUGGUAUCACGAUGAGUCUGAUUCUGGGGUUCGUGCUAAGAGCCGAAAGCUUCUUCUUCAUAACGCUUUUUCAUCGGUUUUUGUUGGUUAGAUGUUGUUAUAUGAUCGGGGUGUUCUUUGUUCUUUGUUCUAUUUCAUGAUUCUGUGAUUUGCAUAUGUAGUUUUUGUCCUUUAGGACAAAGUAACAAUUAGGUUAAAGGAUCUUAUGUUAUUGACUUACAAAAUGAUCAUAGCAUUCUAGGUUUGGGAGUGUUUCUAUUCUUGUCUAUUUUUCUUGUGUUAUAUAGAAAUACUUGUAUUUUCUCAGUUGAUACUCUAUGAAGCAACAGACAGUUGAUUAUAAUUUUAUGCAACUUAAGAGUGA